UUCAGCUCUCACAUACGCAGGGGAUACCAUGGACCGUAGGAGACAGCUUCAGGUGCACUCAUCUUGGACUCUUGAUUUCAGCGGAACAGAAUGCUGUGGGACAGUUGUGAACUUUGACACCAAUGAGAAAGCCCAAGAGGACGAUGAUCAUGAAGACAAGGAUGGCUGUGCUGACCUUGGUGGUGGCGCUCCUGUGGCAUCUGGUCAUUGGAAAUGUCAGCGAUGUUCGAUGUCGCUGGAACACCAGCUGCCUUUUAGAGGCCAACUUCUCUAUCGGAGAUGACGUGGCCAUCUACUGGAUCCAGUUUCCAGAGAUCUUGGUUCAUUCCUUCUUCUUCGAGACCGACCGGCUCAAGAAACAGGACAAGCGCUUCAGGGGCCGAACCUCGCUGUUCAAGGAAAAUAUCGGCAAAGGAAACGCUUCUCUGCUGCUCAAGGACGUGGUUGUUGGAGAUGAAGGGAGCUACAUGUGCCGUGUGGUAACCCUCACGGGCAUCAGUGAUUCAUUUGUCAACCUCCACAUCGAAGGCAAGUCUGCAAAUUGCCUGAUGUACAUCAUAGAUGCCAGCAAAGACUCUCGCCGAUUGUGUAGAUUUUCAGUCAUCCAAGUUCACUGGUGGUACUCUACCUGGAAAUUGUUUUCUCGUCGUCUGUUUGUGUUUGUCCUCUCCAUGCAUUGA